AAUCCUGUUUUCGUGUCUGCAUCGUACAUAGUUUCUCUUGGGAGUCUUUCAUUAUGUUAUUGGGCUGUUUAAACCAUUAGCGAUCAUACAGUGAUCGACUCGAUUGCUCCCCCCAAAUCUGAAGGUGCUACAUUUCUUGAACACUGCUCAUACCUCAACGACCAACUGAACGUUUAAACAUUGCUUGUCAUGCCAGAGGAGACUGGUGAUAAAUCUUUGUUGGAGUUCCUCGACACCCCACAACUUAACUGCUUGAACGAGGAAGGAGAGCACACUCUCAAGGCCUUGCUUUCUUCCAAGUCCAAGAACACUUCUAGCUCUACGUACCUACUCAGCGAUGCAGAUGAACAACUGCUACUAAAUAUUCCGUUCAACCAAACUGUUCGUGUACGCUCAAUAGUCAUACAAAGCAGCAACCUAGAACAGGCUCCGAAGACGAUCAAACUCUUCAUCAAUAAGGAAUCACUGGGUUUUGAGGACGUAGAGGACGCAACAGAACCGGAAGCUGCCCAGAUCUUUGAAUUAACUGAGGAACAAGUUGAAGAGGGCAAGCCAAUCUCGCUCAGAUUUGUACGCUUCCAGACAGUGAACAGUCUUCAUAUAUUUGUGGCAACAAAUGGAGGGGACGAUGUCACUCGCAUUGAUGCCUUAGAUAUUCUCGGCGUGCCUGUUGCAGGAACAAGAGACCUGAGUGGACUGAAAAAGACCGAAGAGUGAAGAUCGACUACGAUACCCGCAUGACUAGUUCCGUUACACCGCAAGCAGAGCAGAGAAAUCAUAACGUAUACGGGAGCAGUGACAAACUGAAUCCUGGCCCACAAGAUUAUUUCCCGUCUAUUUGCAACCACAUGCUCCAUCGUCUUCUCUCUUCCUCCGAACCGCUGAAAACCCAAUUGACUUUCUUGAUCUCUUUGAAUCCUUCUGACAAAUGGGGCUCUUCAUACUUCGAUCGGAAGUCUGCGAGUGCAGAGUAUGGAAGCAGCUCGCGCUUGGUCUGUUCAUACGCGAGCAUUAACCAGGUCUGAACGAAAGAGAAGUUACGAAAUGUUACCUGCUGCGCUAGUGAUGAUGGCGGCAUGUUGAAUGCACGGUAGAGGUUAUUGUGCCAAGCGAGUUCUAUGCUCCCGUCAAAAAGGAUACAUCUGUACGAGGUUCGUUAGCUUCAUCAUGCAAAUAACACCGAGGACUCUGACCGAAUAUGUAUCUUGUGUCGCUUAGCAAUAUCUACAUAAUGCUUCCUCGUU